AUGCCACACCUCAAAUUAGGGGAGUCCAUUCCCCCGGACACAGCCCACGCUGUGAGUGUGUCGUUGCCUACUUGGAAGUCCAAUGUCGGCUACGAAGAGGGCGAAAAAUGGGUCGUGAAUAGCAUGACAACCGGCUAUCCCAGAUUCUUCAUCCACCGAAGUAUAGCUGCUCUCGCCCAGGACAUUGCGGACAAGUUCGGUCGACCAGGACAGUCAGCCAUGCUGUUUCCUAAUGAGACUAUCGCGCUGAGAUGUGUCGACUUCAUCAAGGGCAAAGCCCCCGUUUCGGCAUUGGAGCAGCUCGAGACUGUCCAUUUGGUUCUGGACUCCUCGAGCCCAUCUGCUGCGCCCCUGAAGCCUAUCGGCCCAACAGUGUCAGCCGUGCUCUUCGUCCCCGAAGCCUUUCCCCUCGCAAAGCAGUACUGGCAGCACAGUGGCGAUGGCAUCUCCAGCCGACGCGCCGAAUUCUGCAGCAGCCUCCUCGACCAGGGCCUGCUCGUGCCAGAUGAUUCGCCCAAGCCGCCCACUUCUCCCCUCCGGAAAAUGCCUUGCAAGGGCCCAAAGCGCUACCAGAGACCCAUGUCUGUUGACGAGACAGUAUCACCACCAAGGAACGGGAACGGCUCCGGUGCGCCCGACUCGGAAGAGUCAUCUCGCUUUGUCGAGGAGCGCUUUGGCAGGAAUCUGGAUAUAUCCCUCGUGCAGCGAGCAAAGACAGCCAUCAGGAGACGCAUUGCUGGCACGCUGACACACGACGUCGAUGUUAAGAACCACCCGUUGCCACAAGCCGAGCCCAGCAACAGAGGUGUCAAGGGCCUAACAGAGCGCGACAUCUAUCUCUACCCCUGUGGCAUGAACGCUAUAUUCAACACGCACCGUCUCCUGCUGAGGGCCCGCGGCAGCCAGAAAAGCAUCAACUUUGGCUUUCCAUAUGUUGACACUCUGAAGAUUCUCCAGAAGUUUGGCCCUGGCUGCUUAUUCUACGGCCGCGCAUCCGAGAAGGACCUGGAUGACCUGGAGCAAAGGCUCGAGUCUGGUGAGAAAUUCCUCGGCCUGUUCUGCGAAUUCCCAGGCAACCCGCUGCUGAGCUGCCCGAAUCUCGGGCGGAUCCGCGCCCUGGCGGACAAGUACGACUUCGCCGUGGUCGUGGACGAGACCAUCGGGACGUUCGCAAACAUCAACGUGCUGCCGUAUGCCGACGUGGUGGUCAGCAGCCUGACCAAGAUCUUCUCGGGCGACUGUAACGUCAUGGGCGGCAGCGCCGUCCUAAACCCCAAGAGCCGCUACUACGCCGAGCUCACGGCUGUUGCGCAACGCGAGUUCCAGGACACGUACUGGCCCGAGGACGCAAUUUUUCUGGAGCGCAACAGCCGCGACUUCGCCACGCGCAUCGAUCGCGUCAACGCCAACGCCGAGGCCAUCUGCGAGGUGCUGAUCUCGAACGACCUAGUCAAGACGGUAUAUUACCCCAAGUACAACAAGGACAGGGCAAACUACGACGCGUGCAAAAUACCAGGCAAGGGGUACGGUGGCCUUCUCUCUGUGGUCUUCCAUCGCAAGGUGGACGCGAUGGUGUUCUAUGACAGCAUCGAGACGGCCAAGGGGCCGAGUUUAGGCACGAACUUCACGCUGACUUCACCAUAUGUCCUUCUUGCGCAUUAUGCCGAGCAGGAGUGGGCGGCGAGUCUUGGUGUUGACCCCGACUUGAUCCGCAUCAGUCUUGGGCUGGAGGAGACGGACCUGUUGGUCUCUAUAUUUCGUAGCGCCCUCAAAGCGACCAAGGAGGCCUCGCUGGCAUCGUAG